GUCGGCCAAGAGCUAGCCUUGGCUUAUUUUUGUGCUUUUUCCCGCACAGUUUACUUCCUUAUAGCUUCGUUUCACGAUUCUAGUCACGACCCACGACCUUUACGCCUUCUUGCUUGACUGACCACCCGAGAAGAUCUCUACUCUGUUCAAGUUUCGAUGUUCUAGCGAUCGAGUCUUGGACUGAAGCUACCCAACUCCGUCUUCAUGAGCAACCUUUCUACCGUAUUUAAUACGACGGACGGGAUCCUUGAACCACUUCAGGAGAUAGAGGAUGUUUUAAAGCAGAUUCAGGCGGGCAAGUUUCUCUUCCUCGCUGCUUUCACAAUUCUCUUCUGGGAUCAUGCUUGUACUCUGUCAGAAGAGGUACACGGUGUCUGGAAGAAGAGGAAAAACCACAUUCUCUGGAUAUUUCUUUUUAUUCGCUACUAUUCUCCUCUUGCGAUGAUCGUUGUUUUCUAUGGCUUUUUUUCAACCUCGAUCAAUCGUUCCAAGUGCGAGAGAUGGAUGUACUUCGCGACAGUGGGAGUUUCAAUACCCUUGAUGGUAUCGGCUGGUGUGCUCAUGAUGUUUCGAGUGUGGGCACUGUACAAUCGCAAUAAACUCAUAAUCUUCGUUCUAUCGUCGUUUCUGGCUGCCCAAACCGUCAUCGGUGUAUGGCAAUGGACCGAACAUGGAGGAACACCGGCUCCCGAUCCACUGGACAAUUAUCAGUACCACUUCUGUAUAUAUCUUCCACCUAAGGCGCGAAGGAGUUCUACAAUUUACCUCUUCAUGGAACUGGCCUUCGAUACCCUUGUCUUCGUUCUUACUAUCUGUCGCACGACCUACAUGCACCUUACCAACCUUCCCGCCAUGAUUGGCGAGAAGUCAAGCUGUCUCAUCGAUAACUUGAUCACGGACGGCGCCUUGUAUUUUGCAGCCAUAUUCUCAAUAAAUCUUGCCUGGGUCAUCAUGAUCUUGCAUGCACCUACGAACUUAAGAGCUGUUCUUGCAAUACCAUCGUCGUGCCUUACAACCGUCCUCAUAUGCCGUGUAACCCUCAACCUUCGCAUAACUAUCUACGGCCCCGCCCACGUAUCCCAGCGCACCUACAACGAUAUCAUCCUCUCCGACUUCGAAACGGGAUCAGGCUCCAACUCACCGAGCAAUGUUGGCCAGUCGACGUCCAUGGCAUCAUCCGACCAAUCUCUUCGCUCAGCGCACUCAGAUGACGAUAGUAGCCAUGCGGGUGCUCACGACAAGCCAGAAUUGGCGUGGCAGCCAUGGAGCGAGUCUAAGGGAGAGGAUGAAUCUGUGCGGAAAUCACGAUCGUCUGUGUCCUCUGAUAGCGAUGAGGACGAGGGGUCCCGGGACGAUAAGGCUUAUUCAAGGAGUAUCGUGGACCAUGACAUGGUUAGGGAAGUACCGAGAGGGAGGACACCUCAGGAGGACGGUGGGGGAUCCUCUUGACAGAACGUGUGGAUGGAUCGUGGUUUGCUGUCGACUUUCUUGUUUUAUGAGGUGACCAUGUUGCAAUUCGGUCGCUUGUAACAUAUGUAUAUGUUAUUGUGCUAUGUUAAUGCUGUCGCUUCGUUCGAGUCUCUCAUGCUAUAGGAGUAUAUACACGAUGCU